AGAAAGAAAAAAAAGAGAAAUGGUUUUUUGAUGAAAAAGAUUCGAAAUGGCACAUUGGUUCCAUCGAAAUCCAAUCAAAGCAACAGAACAUGUAGAUUUUCAGCUUAAAUUGAUCCUUACCACUUCGCAAACAUCAAAAAUUUGCAAUGAGCUUCGAUUAAGACGUGAUCAUCUUUUGGAACAUUUCAAGAAUGCAAGUAACGAUUUGGAUAUGGUAGACGAUGACUUCAAACAUUAUCUAUCAUUAUUUAGUGGUUUUGUGUUUGCUGUUGGAUAUGAUAAAGUUGCUGAUACGAAAACUAGCAAACUUGCUACACUUCUUCGAUUUCGAUGGAGUAAUUCGAUGCUUGGUACCGUAGCAACUGAGGUCAGUGACAGUUGGUAUGAAGUACUAAAUGUGUGUGUAAAUAUGGCGUUAUGGUUAUCGAAACAUGCAGCAUGGAUUGCGGCAAAAGAUGAAGUAUUUAAAGAUGAUGCUAAAAAGGCGCACACGUGUUUACGGCGUGCUGCUGGAAUAUUGAUAUUUGUACGCGAAAAUGCUGGUAGAAUUACUGGAUUAACUUCAUUCCCUGGUUCAGAUUUUGAUCCAGUAGUGCUUACCGCUUACAUCAAUCAGUUCACAGCUGAAGCGCAAGAAAUUACCGUGGCACGUGCUAUCGAGUUGAAACAUAGUCCUGGCCUAAUUACAGCAUUGGCUUAUGAGACUAGUCAUUUGUUCAAGCAGGCAGAUGAAAGUCUUGGGAAAAUGGACCAAUCGUUGUUUGGGAAAUGGCGCUUUUAUCUUCAAUUGAAAUCACAAAUAUAUACGGCAUAUGCUUAUGCUUUUUUGGGUGAAGAUUUAUUAUCUCAAGAUAAAUGCGGUGAUGCAGUAAGAGCAUGCAGAGAGGGCGUUUCAUGUUUUGAUGUUGCUGUUGAUUUUGCUGGAAAGUAUCGUAAGGCUAAUGGACCAGGUAUCAGUGCAAAACCUGACUCUCAUCUAUUUUUCCGCCGCAUUCGACCGCUACUUGAACGGCAUAUGGAAAAAGCCGAACGUGAAAAUGGUUUUAUCUAUCAUCAAAAAGUGCCAGAUGUAUGUCCAGAACCCGAUAGAAAGCCUACUUUUGGUUUGGUUGAAGCCGAGCCAUUCAUGAUUCCUAGCAUGAGCCCGCUAUGGACACCGGCUGUUUACGAAGCAUUUGAUAUAUCGAAAGCAAAAAUGCCGGAUUUCUCGAAAGUGAAGAAGAGCUGCAAAUCAUUACCACCCAUACAGGAAGAGAAGGUCUAUGAAACAGAACGUGAUCCAAGCGGUUUGAGUGGUUGCAUAGUUUCAUGAACCUCUUGGAAGAUAACAUUCAAUCUGCUGAUCAAGAAUGGAAUCACAGGAUUAUUAUUGGAUCCGAUGAAAAGAUGACUGAAAUUCCGAGAGACAAGAAAUGUGAAUUUUUGAAACUGGUGUAUUACCGACAAGUACUUUUUUGAGAAGAGAAGACCGUGUAGA